AUGGAGAAGAAUGCCAAGGAUGCUGCAUUCGACACCACCAGUACUAGUAUCGCUGAAGAUCACGCACUCGGCACCACCACCAUUGCCAUAGACAUUGAUCCCGCAAGGGAAGCAGCAGUACGCAGAAAGUUCGACAUCUAUGUCGUACCGAUUUCCGUCAUCUAUCUUGUCUUAUCCACCCUUGACCGCAACAAUCUGGGAAAUGCUCGUGUCUUUGGCUUCGACGAAGAUGUUGGACUGAAGGGUGGCCAAUUCGGCAAUAUUCAGACGCUGUCUAGCGUCUGCACUGUUCUCUUUGAGGUCCCCUGGGUCCUCGCCACCAGGCGAUGGGGUGCUAAAAAGGCGAUUGGAACUGCGUUUGCUUUGUGGAGUGUCUGUACGCUUGGGACUGCCUUUGUCCAGACGUACGGUCAGACGAUUGCCUGUCGCAUGCUGUUGAAUGCCGCCGAAGCCGGUCUCGCCCAAGCAUUCGCUUUUUUGUUCUCGACCAUCUACCCACGUGAGCUGGCCGGCAAACGGAUCAUGACGACCAACCUCGCCCAGUGUAUUUCUGGAGCCUUCGGCGGGCUCUUCGCGUACGCCGUCCAAACGAUGGGGACGCGGCAUGGUCUUGCUGCCUGGAGGUGGCUCUUCAUCAUCGAGUUCUGUAUCACGGUGGUCAUCUGCGGCGUGGGACUUUUCUUCCUGCCUGGCGAGGUGGAGAAAGCAUGGUUUCUGACCGAGGAGGAGAAGGAGACCAUGCGGCUGAAGAAGGAACGAGACCACAUGAUCCGAGGCCAGGAAAAGUUUGAGCGCAAGUGGAUCAAGAUCGCCCUGACCGACCCCUUCGUCUGGCUUCUCGGUACUGCGUUCUUCACCUCGUCGGUUGCCAUCAAUGGGUUCGGAGUUUUCCUACCCACAAUCAUUGACGGCCUAGGCUAUGCGUCUCUCCAGGUGAAUUAUAUGACCAUCCCAGUCUACGUUCUUGGCGCCAUCUCUCUUUCGAUCCAAGUCUACUAUUCGGACAAGCUCAGGAAGCGAGCAUUCUUCAUCGUCGGAUGCUGUGCACCUGUAGCCAUUGGCUAUCUCAUGUGUGUAUGGUCCAAAGAUAAACAUGUCGGCUAUGCCGGCAUGUUUAUCCUUGUCAUGGGGCUGUAUCCCAUCUCGACUUUGGCUGUGACCUGGAUUACAACGAAUCUAGCUCCCGACACCAAGCGUGCGAUAGGCCAGCCAUUUGCUUACAGCUUGGCCAACGUCUCGAAUUUGAUCUCUGGACAGCUGUAUCCAAGUCAGCAAGGUCCGCGAUACGUUCCAGGCAAUGCCAUCUCGGCCGGUCUCACCAUCGUCGCGGGAUUUCUGUAUGCCUCAUGCUGGUUUCUGCUCAGGAGAAGAAAUGCCAGAAAGGCGAAGAUGAUUGCUGAAGGAGCCACCACCAAUGGUAAAGAAGGGGAUCAGAGCCUUGAUUUCACCUAUAUCCUUUGA